CGCUAUCGAUAGGAAAUCAACAAUCUUGGCCAUAAAAAUUCGCGAAAUUGUGCGGUACAAAUAAUCUGUUGUUGUUGUCGUCGCUAUUGUUGUUAUUGUUGUUGCGAGGAGGAACCGCAAGCGAAACGAACCAACUAACCAACCACCUACAACAGUUUGCUGAUUAUACAAUUUGUGGUCAACGCUGUCGGUUCUUCACUGCUACUGCUGCUGCUGGCAACCAAAAAAAAAAAAUCCUCGCGUCUUCCCCCCCUCCUUCAACCAAACUAUCCUCAGCAAACGUCGGCGAUUUAUAUCACUUUUGUUUAUUUUUUGUUUGUUGUUUGUUUUUUGAAUCGUAUUAAAUUCGUGUGUUUGCUGUGUGAUCAAGAAGAAGACGAAGGAGCUGAGAGAUGUCGAAAAAUAAACUAAACCUAGUGCUGCCACCGGUGAAUGUGGAAGCAACUGUUGCUGCCACACAAGUGGCACCAACGCCACCAUUUAAAACACCAUCGGGAACAGACACACACAGUUUGCUGGGGAAGCCAAAGACGAGCAUCGAUGCAUUAACCGAAACCCUGGAGGGCCUCGACAUGGACGACACCGAACGCAAACGGAUCAAAGUCUUUCUCAGCCAAAAGGAGAAAAUCGGCGAACUAUCCGAGGAGGAUCUCGAGAAGCUGGGCGAACUGGGCUCCGGCAACGGCGGCGUUGUCAUGAAGGUCCGUCACACACUCACCAAACUGAUAAUGGCCCGCAAACUGAUCCAUCUGGAGGUGAAGCCGGCGAUCAAAAAGCAAAUCCUGCGCGAACUGAAAGUCCUCCACGAAUGCAAUUUCCCCCACAUCGUUGGCUUCUAUGGCGCCUUCUAUAGCGACGGCGAGAUCAGCAUUUGCAUGGAGUACAUGGAUGGCGGGAGUCUCGAUCUCAUCCUGAAGCGGGCGGGACGCAUACCGGAAUCGAUAUUGGGUCGCAUCACGCUGGCGGUGCUCAAGGGACUCAGCUAUCUGCGGGACAAGCAUGCGAUCAUCCAUCGGGAUGUGAAGCCGAGCAACAUACUCGUCAACAGCAGCGGCGAGAUUAAGAUCUGUGAUUUUGGUGUGUCGGGUCAGCUGAUUGAUUCGAUGGCGAACUCGUUUGUGGGCACGCGAAGCUACAUGUCGCCUGAACGAUUGCAGGGUACACACUAUUCGGUGCAGUCGGACAUUUGGUCAUUGGGUUUAUCGCUAGUGGAAAUGGCCAUUGGCAUGUAUCCGAUUCCGCCGCCAGAUACGGUCACACUGGAGUCAAUAUUCGCGGAGAAUGCCAAUGAGGAUGGACAGCAGACGGUGUUGGAGCCGAAAGUGAUGGCGAUAUUCGAGCUGUUGGAUUACAUUGUGAAUGAACCGCCGCCCAAGUUGGAACACAAGAUAUUCUCAACAGAGUUCAAGGAUUUCGUCGACAUCUGCCUCAAGAAACAGCCCGAUGAGCGAGCCGAUCUCAAGACACUGCUGAGCCAUCCAUGGAUACGCAAGGCGGAGGUCGAAGAUGUGGACAUAUCGGGUUGGGUGUGCAAGACAAUGGAUUUGCCGCCAUCGACGCCGAAACGCAAUACAUCGCCCAACUAAUAAUAAUAAUAAUAAUAAUUAUCAUUCCUGUAAACACGAACAGAACAACAAUCUUUAUUUAAGAUACACGCACACGCACAUUACAAAACUACACCACGUUAUUUAUUUGUAUGUAUUGUAUUGUACUUGUUGUAUCAACUUGCUGCUAUCCCCCCUAUUCAUUCACCAUCUCUCUCUCUCUCCCUCUUUUAUCUAUCUACGUCUUGCUCACACUCAUUGUGCGUGUGAAUGUUGGCCGUCUCUUUCGCGCUCUGAUCUUUAUACUCAAAAGAACACACAAUGGAAGAAAGAAGCAAAUCAAAAACUAAAGAAAAUGCUAAAAUAAAACAGUCGAAUUCAAGAUCGUAAAUGCAA